AUGCUGGCAUCUGGGGAGGGAGGUGACCCUCACCUCUCCAUUCCUCACCUCUCCAUUCCUCACCUCUCCAUUCCUCACCUCUCCAUUCCUCACCUCUCCAUUCCUCAUCUCUCCAUUCCUCACCUCUCCAUUCCUCACCUCUCCAUUCCUCACCUCUCCAUUCCUCACCUCUCCAUUCCUCACCUUUCCAUUCCUCACCUCUCCAUUCCUCACCUCUCUAUUCCUCACCUCUCCAUUCCUCACCUCUCCAUUCCUCACCUCUCCAUUCCUCACCUCUCCAUUCCUCACCUCUCUAUUCCUCACCUCUCUAUUCCUCACCUCUCUAUUCCUCACCUCUCUAUUCCUCACCUCUCUAUUCCUCACCUUCUCAUAGCAACAAGGGACGGGAAGAACCGGCGCCACCCGGAGGGUCGGUCCACCUGGCGCCACCCCUUCACCAUAUCAAAUCCGCGCCUGUAUGCCGCCCAAAACCGCUUCCUGAUGGCCGGAUGCAGCGUGGAGAGCGACAGUGUGGGCAGCCUCUUCAUGUACUGGCGGGGGCGGGGGGGGAGGCAAGGGAGGGUGCAGUUGUGGGCUCUGCUAGUGCUCCUUCACUUCUGUGUGGGCUCUGCUAGUGCUCCUUCACUUCUGUGUGGGCAGCCUCUUCAUGUACUGAUGGGUGCUGCUACUGCUAAUCCUGCUCCAUGGCCGGGUGCAGCGGGGAGAGGGACUGUGUGGGCAGCCUCUUCAUGUACUGGUGGGGGGGGAGAGGGAAGGAGGGGGGAAGUUUUGGUAUCACCCAACUGCACCGAACUGCACCAGCCCUGCUGCACCGCCGGGUGCAGCGUGGAGAGCGACUGUGUGGGCAGCCUCUUCAUGCACUGGCGGGGGGGUGGGGAGGGGUGGAGAGGGGCGGGAGGGGUUCGAUGGGGGAGAAUGGGUGGUUAG